AUGCGCUCAUCAAAUCCGCUUUCAUUCCUCGUUCCUAUCCUGCCUAUUCUUCUUCCUUCGUUUGCUCAAGAUCAGGGAUCGAAUUCCUCCGAGUCUUCGUACGGUCAAGAAUGUGUUCAAGCCCUUCAAUCUGCGGGCUUCACCCAACUUGCGACGGUUCUGACUCAAGUGAACGAUACACCUCCCGCUCAGGCCCUUUUCAGUGAGCUUUCGAGUGGUAGGAAUUUUACGCUCUUCGCGCCAAUCGACCAAGCGUUCCAAAACGUCUCGUCCAACGUCACAGGCAAUUCCACCCUCCUCGCUGAAUACCUGUCCUACCAUUUCGUCCAAGGCGAAUUCCAGAAUGCAUCUUACACCAACACAUCGUCUGAAGGUGGUGGUGGAGGUGCCGGAGGUGCGACGUCUUCUAUGUCUUCGGAAACUAUGACUUCUUCAUCGGAAACCCAAUCUUCUGAGACCUCGACCGAGACUGCUUCUGCGACUACCGCUGCUUUGUGGGGAGGACUUUUUGGUCGUCAGGAUCAGGGCGGAGGCAGUAACUCUAGCGAAGGGCCAGGUCCGGGCCCACAUCCACAACCCUAUGCUGGAAUCUGGCAGAACGUUACCAUCGGCCGCACCCUUCUCAACUCGUCAAAUCUUGUUCAUCUCGAAGGCAACAAGAGUCAAGUUCUUGUUUGGACGAGAUACGAGCAGAACGGUAACAUUUCGAUUCUCAACCAACCACAAAACGUUACUGUGGUCAAUUCCACCGUAUGGAGGAAUCUCUUCAUCAACGGUGUGACCGGCGUUAUCGUCCCUCCCGGCAACCUCACUGCUGCUCUCACUGCCGUCAAUGCCACUGCCGCUCAGAAUCUUGUGUCGACCAUCCAGAUCCCCGCCGAAAACGGUACGAACGUGACAGCGCUUGAAGCUCUCGAAAGCGCCCGAGGAAUUACUUUAUUCGUUCCCAACGACGAGGCAUUUACAUCGGAAGUCAACGAAACUUUGUCCGGAUUGCAGAGUAAUCAGACAGCUCAGACCAACCUCCUUCAGAAUCACUACAUCAACGGCACCAGUUUGUACUCGACAGAGAUCACCAACAGCACGCAAGGCGUUACUGCUGCGGGAGAGCCUCUCACCUUCUCUAGGAACGAAACGGGUCUCUUUGUAUCAGGCACCAAUGGAUCAACCGCCCAGAUCAUUCGUCCAGACGUUCUCGUCCAAAAUGGCGUUGUGCACAUCAUCGAUCGCGUCUUUGUAGUCGAAUCGUCGAAUCCAUCGGAAGCUGGUACUGCGUAA